AGCAGUCCGUGAUGCCGACAUACGAUAACUUACUCGUCACCUCUUCAGGCUCCCGUUCGAUCUACACAGUCUCAUGUCAGAACAAGAAGUUGUCGCUGGUCUCCGCUGGAAUAACAAUGCAGGUGUGCCAAUCAUUACCCUGAUGUUAUAUGAGUACCUUCUUCUCUUAGACAAAGAGGUUAAUUAUGUCUGGAAACGACCGUUGUCGCUAAUGUCAUGCCUGUACCUCGUUGUUCGAUAUCUUGGUCUUUUCCUCGCACUGCUGUGCGGUUUCUGGGGAGGUCUGUUGUACAUACCUGAAUCAGUCAGCUACGCUCUUAUCGUUCUGAUUGAAUGGGGAUUUUCAGUAUAUUUCUGGUUUGCGGAAGCCAUUCUCAUUUGGCGGCUUUAUGCCAUAUGCGAUCAAUCUAAGCUCCUACUUUAUGUUCUGGUGGGAUUGUUCUUGCCUAUCGUCGCCCUCUCAAUUGGGACGGACAUCUAUCUAUACAGUCGACGUAUGAAAGAAAUCAUAACUCCGGACGCCAAGUACUGCACCCUUUCCUUCAACAUUGGACCUAUGCCUGCGAUCUAUACUUCCAUUCCGAUUGUGUGCUAUGAUAUCUUACUAGUUGUUCUCGCGGCUGCCAUCCUCGCAAGGCACCUUAAGGAACAGCGGGAAACUCAUAUGAGGAUUAAUACAUAUAUGGUUAUGAUCGUUCGGUAUCAUAUCCUGUACUUUGUCCUGAAUCUGACAAACCAGAUCUUGUUGGUGGUAUUAUGGGCUCAUAUUCCGACCCCGGCAAUGAGUCUCUCAGAGCUUUUCAACGAUACCGCGCCAUUUAUUCUCGCACCCCGUCUCAUCAUCAGUAUUUGGGAUACGCAUGCCAAGGAUGACUGUGUAGAAGUUAGUACGACGUUCGAGGACUGCGUAUGUCUCACUUCUCCACCGAGGUUCGAGCAGCACGAGAUGGUCUCCAUCGUUGUAUAAUUCUGGCAUAAUGAUACUGGUUCCUCAGCAUAAAGACAGAAAUGAUUUGGUUAGAGCGAGGCGGCCAAUUUCUUUGGACGCCUCGCCUGAUAGUGUAGUAGUCACCU